UCUUUCACCAACAUGGCUUUCACUGGGAAAUAUGAGCUGGAGACUCAAGAAAACUAUGAGGAGUUUCUGGAAGCAAUUGGGCUUCUCAACGCCAAGACAGACCACAAAGUGGUAACAGAGGUGCUUCAGGAUGGGAACGACUUCACCUGGACACAAACCAUCCCCAACUGGACCUGGUCCAAUAAGUUCACCGUAGGACAGGAAUGUGAGCUGAACACAAUGAUGGGCUCCAAAUUCAAGGCUCCUGUCACUUUGGAAGGCGGCAAGAUUUCAAUACAGUUUCCUCAGUACCUCUUCACAGCAGAGAUCAUUGAUGAUAAGCUUGUAAUGAAUUGCGUAAUUCCCGGAGAGAAGGGUGUGACAUUCAAAAGAGUUAACAAGAGGAUCUAACGCUGCGAGACCCAACACGCUUCAGCGGAAAAGAGGAAGAUUAAAACAACAUAAAAAUGCUUGAUAAUGAUUUUUGAGGCAAGAGGAAGUGACGAGGAGCGAGUGCAACAUGUCUUGGCUUCACAGGACAUUUAACUUGAUAGAAAUGAUGAAACACUAUGUACUGUAUUAACACUGAUGACACAGUUUGCCUGUGCCUGCGUUAAUGUUUGAUCGUUAAUGUGAUUUAAUGUGUGUCACUUGUUUCAACCCAUCGAUGCUGUAUUAAUGUUCCUCCAUGUGUAAAAAGAACAAAUAUAUGCAUUAAAUUUAUUGUUAGCAUGUUUACUUACUUACUUGCUCCUAAAGAUAAAAGAAACUCAAGUGUCGUCUCCUUCUCAAAUGCGGUCUUCAGUUUCUGUUAAUAGUCUUUACUGCUGAUACUUUCUGUGCAACAAAAAAACCACCAUUUCACAAGAAGAUGAGACAGAUAAAUGUUUAAGGAUAGAUGUUAUAGUUCUUUAAAUGUUAAAGUUUGAAUCCAUAAACAUGAGCUGAUAUUAAGGCACAGACGCACGCAGCUCAUUUCUACUGAACAAAUGUAAAGCUCCUUUCUUCCUCCAGUCAUUCGGAUCUCCAAUAAGCAGAAAAUAUUUCUUUUUAAACAUGAGAGAGGAGAAGAAUAUAACCAUAACUUGAUUUUUCUUUUGUUUUCGCUCAUGUGGUUUGGAUUGCAGUAGGCCUGCCUUUUUGAAUAAACAGUACAAUCGU